AUGGCGGACGAGACGUCGGCAUCGGCCAUGGUCACAUACUUCACGACAUGUACGGCUCAGCUCAGGGGUCGCGCAGUGUUCAUACAGUUCAGCAAUCAUAAGGAGUUAAAAACGGACCAAACUCACAGCAACGCCAAUGCAUCGGCUCAAGCGGCACUACAAGCGGCCCAAGCACUGGCUGGCCAGAGUGACGUACAAGGAGGUCCAAACACCGUGCUCCGGGUAAUCGUCGAGCACAUGGUGUUCCCAAUCAGUCUGGACGUCCUCUACGAGGUGAGUUUGCCAGAUUAUAAUUUACUACAAAUUUAA